AUGCGACGUAACGAGAUGCGCGCGAAGGUCGGAGGAUCUCAAUCGCCAAUGAGCCGCCCCAGGCGAGAGCCAAAAACGCCGGCUUUUGGCGUCGAUCCGUCUUUUUGUCGCGGACAGUUCCUUGGCGUAUGCAAAUGGCGUGCCAUCGGCCUGCCCGAUCUGCCAGCUGCGACUCGUGAUCCCUCGAACCGGAUUCUGACUACGGGUGGGCAGAGUCCA